GUCCAGGCGGCGCAGCCACCCGCGCGCGCGCUCCGUCACCCACACCCGGAGCCUCGGUCCGCGGCUCGGCGCCCGGGAUCCGCGGGCCCGGCGGGCUCUGCGCGGCGCGACAGGCGAACGUAGCUGAGCGGCUCUGGACACCAAGCGCCGGGUGCUGGCCAGGCGGCUGAGCGUCUGGGCGCCCCGCUGAGCUGGGGACAGCCGUUGGGUGCCGGGGAGCCGCGGUGGUGGAUUGCAGCGGAAAAGCAAAGAUGUCACAGUGGAUUCUUUGCCUCCAAGACCCACUAAGGUGAGAGUCAGAUCUUUGGCUGGUUGGAACUAGCCUGGGACUGUCAGGCAGCCAUGGAUAUGGCGUACGAGCUACUCAACGGGAGCCAGCCGUGGCUUUCCUCUCCAUUCGACCUCAAUGGCUCCGUGGCAACAGCCAACAGCUCAAACCAGACGGAGCCAUACUAUGACCUGGCCAGCAAUGCAGUGCUCACGUUCAUAUAUUUUGUGGUCUGCAUCAUUGGCUUGUGCGGCAACACGCUUGUCAUUUAUGUCAUCCUCCGCUACGCCAAGAUGAAGACAAUCACCAACAUCUACAUCCUCAACCUGGCCAUUGCCGAUGAGCUCUUCAUGCUGGGCCUGCCCUUCCUGGCCAUGCAGGUGGCUCUGGUCCACUGGCCCUUUGGCAAGGCCAUCUGCCGGGUGGUCAUGACCGUGGAUGGCAUCAAUCAGUUCACCAGCAUUUUCUGCUUGACCGUCAUGAGCAUCGACCGGUACCUGGCUGUGGUCCACCCCAUCAAGUCGGCCAAGUGGAGGAGACCCCGGACAGCCAAGAUGAUCAAUGUGGCCGUGUGGGGCGUCUCUCUGCUGGUCAUCUUGCCCAUCAUGAUAUAUGCUGGGCUUCGAAGCAACCAGUGGGGGAGAAGCAGCUGCACCAUCAACUGGCCAGGCGAGUCGGGGGCAUGGUACACAGGGUUCAUCAUCUACGCCUUCAUCCUGGGGUUCCUGGUGCCCCUCACCAUCAUCUGUCUCUGCUACCUGUUCAUUAUCAUCAAGGUGAAGUCCUCCGGAAUCCGAGUGGGUUCCUCCAAGAGGAAAAAGUCUGAGAAGAAGGUCACCCGGAUGGUGUCCAUCGUGGUGGCCGUCUUCAUUUUCUGCUGGCUCCCCUUCUACAUCUUCAACGUCUCUUCGGUCUCUGUGGCCAUCAGUCCCACCCCAGCCCUUAAGGGCAUGUUUGACUUUGUGGUGGUCCUCACCUAUGCCAACAGCUGUGCCAACCCUAUCCUCUAUGCCUUCUUGUCCGACAACUUCAAGAAGAGCUUCCAGAAUGUCCUCUGCUUGGUCAAGGUGAGCGGCACAGAUGAUGGGGAACGGAGUGACAGUAAGCAGGACAAAUCGCGGCUCAAUGAGACCACGGAGACCCAGAGGACCCUCCUCAAUGGAGACCUCCAGACCAGUAUCUGAACUGCCUGAACAUUCAAUCCAGAAAAUGCCCCAGUGCUGCCCAAUGGCCAUGUGCUCCCCACCCCCGCCCCUUCCUUCCUCUCACCCAUCACACCUGGCUUCUAGAAUAGGGACUUAAUCGCUCAGCAUGAGUCCAUUUCAGAGAACAAUGUUUGAGUCGGCUUGUCUGAGUGAAUGAUAAUGUCUUAAGUUGAUUACCCUCCCCCAAAAGUGAACAUUCCCAUGCAGACAGACUAUUCAGCUCAUGCCUGGGUGUGAUCCUUAGAAAUAUGGAGGCUCAGCAAAAAGAGAAAACUCUACCCCUGUGUUUGUGUGUUUAAAACCCAAUAGAUAAUCUUGUGGUCUCACAUUUAUAUUUGCAUAUUUCUAUCUGGUCCCUGUACAGUCAUGACCUACGUUUCCUGAGUUCAAGUACACAAGUAGCAAGUUCAAAUGUGCAUAGUGUAGGUGGACAUUUAUUUCAAUAUGGUACCCGUGGAAAUGGACUUAACCAUGAAGCCAAUAAAGUUUAAGCUUCAGGGAUCGCUCUUGCUUGGGCAGUAUGUUCACCUGGCCACAUGUUUUUGCAUAAAAAAAAACUGUAAAAGUAA